AUGCCGCACUCCGCCCUUAGCCGCGCCGAAGUGGCCAAGCACAACACCGCCGAAGACUGCUGGGUCAUCAUCGAUCACAAAGUCUACGAUCUCUCGGACUUUCUCGAUGCCCAUCCCGGUGGAAAUGUGGUGUUGGCCCAAGUCGCCGGGAAAGAUGCCACCGUCGACUUUUACCAGCUUCAUCGCCAGGAAGUCUUGACGAAAUACAAGGAUCUCUGCAUAGGAACACUUGAAGGCGAGACACCUGAGGUCAUUGAUCAGAAGCCUGGUGACCUCAGUGCUGUACCAUACGCCGAGCCUUUGUGGUUGCGACCGGAGUUUAGCAGCCCAUACUUCAAUGAAAGCCACCGUCGUCUGCAGAAGGCUGCCCGCGAAUUCACCGACAAGUAUGUCACGCCGGAAGCCCAACAGAAGGAGAAGGAUGGCACCUAUAUCAGUCAAGAAAUGAUCGACCGUAUGGCGGAAACCAAUAUCUUGGCUAUGAGAUUGGGCCCGGGCGAACACCUUCACGGCCGCCAGUUGUUGGGUGGCGUGGUGGAUGGUAAAGAAUUUGAUUCUUUCCACGAUAUGAUUUUGACUCAGGAGAUGGUUCGAUCAAGUGCACGAGGCUACCAAGAUGGUAAUAUGGCCGGCAUGUCUAUCAGUCUCACAGCUGUCAAGCAGUGGUUGAAGAAUAAGCCUUUGAGAGAUCAGUUGAUGGAAGAGGUACUUUCCGGCAAGAAGAAGAUGUGUCUCGCUAUCACCGAGGCCUUUGCAGGCUCUGACGUCGCGGGUCUUCGCACCACUGCCGAGAAGACUCCAGAUGGCAAACAUUACAUUAUCAACGGAACCAAGAAAUGGAUCACAAACGGCAUGUUCUCCGAUUACUUUGUGACUGGAUGCCGAACCAAGAAAGGUUUCUCUGUGAUCUUGGUUCCCCGUAGCGAAGGCGUUGAGACCACCCUUAUCAAGACGUCCUAUUCCACAGCUGCAGGAACCGCCUUUGUGCAAUACGAUAAUGUCAAGGUCCCCGUGGAAAAUUUGCUGGGUGAAGAAGAUAAGGGUUUCGUCGUUAUCAUGAGCAAUUUCAACCACGAGCGAUACAUGAUGGCAGCCGCCGUGAUUCGCAUGUCUCGUGUUAUUGUUGAAGAAUGCCUGAAGUGGUGCAACCAACGGGUUGUAUUUAAGAAGCCACUCAUUGAGCAGCCUGCUAUUCGUCAGAAACUCGCCAAAAUGAUCUCCCAAGUGGAAGCAAAUCAAGCCUGGCUUGAAUCCCUCACGCACCAAAUGUGCCAAAUGAGCUACGCACAACAAGCGAAACAUCUGGCCGGUCCCAUUGCACUCCUUAAAUCCUACUCAACCCAAUGCGCCGGCGAAAUCGCCAGUUCCGCAACCAACAUCUUCGGUGGUCGUGGCCUGACUCAAUCCGGUAUGGGCAAGAUUAUCGAAAACUUCAACAGAGGUUACAAAUUCGAUGCCAUUCUCGGCGGUACGGAAGAGAUUUUGGCCGAUUUGGGUGUUCGACAGGCAGUCAAGAAUUUCCCUAAAGCCAUGCUCUGA